CGUGACGCGCCGGUCUGGCUGCCCAGAGCGCGGGGCUCAGGAGCGGCCGGUAGCGCGACGCUCGCGCGCAGCAGGGACCGCGCCGGCCGGGCGUGAGCACCGAGGGCCGACCACCGCCUCUGCCCUGCGCCAGGCCGUGACCGGGCCAGAGCCAUGGACUGCAGCCGGGCGCGGGCGCUCGUGCACCGCUUCUGCGCCGGGGAGGAGAACUGGGUGGACAGCCGCACCAUCUACGUGGGACACAAGGAGCCGCCACCGGGCGCCGAGGCCUACAUUCCACAGAGAUACCCCGACAACAGGAUCGUCUCCUCCAAGUACACAUUUUGGAACUUCAUACCUAAGAACUUAUUUGAACAGUUCAGAAGAAUUGCCAACUUUUAUUUUCUCAUCAUAUUUCUGGUACAGCUGAUCAUCGACACGCCCACGAGCCCGGUGACCAGCGGACUCCCGCUCUUCUUCGUCAUCACCGUCACAGCCAUCAAACAGGGGUAUGAAGACUGGCUCCGCCACAAAGCUGACAACGCCAUGAACCAGUGUCCCGUCCACUUCAUCCAGCACGGCAAGCUGGUACGCAAGCAGAGCCGCAAGCUGAGGGUUGGUGACAUCGUCAUGGUCAAGGAAGACGAGACCUUUCCCUGUGACUUGAUCUUCCUGUCCAGCAACCGGGCUGACGGGACCUGCCACGUGACCACUGCCAGCCUGGACGGAGAGUCGAGCCAUAAGACUCACUACGCUGUCCAGGACACAAAGGGCUUCCACACUGAGGAGGACAUCGACGCCCUGCACGCCACCAUCGAGUGUGAGCAGCCACAGCCCGACCUCUACAAGUUUGUUGGGCGCAUCAAUGUUUACAGCGACCUCGGCGACCCCGUGGUGAGGCCACUGGGGUCGGAGAACCUGCUGCUGAGAGGAGCCACGCUCAAGAACACUGAGAGGAUCUUCGGGGUGGCCAUCUACACUGGAAUGGAGACCAAGAUGGCCUUGAACUACCAGUCCAAGUCCCAGAAACGAUCUGCUGUGGAGAAGUCCAUGAAUGUGUUCCUCAUCGUGUACCUCUGCAUACUCAUCAGCAAGGCGCUCAUCAACACCACCCUCAAGUACGUGUGGCAGAGCGAGCCCUUCCGUGACGAGCCAUGGUACAACCAGAAGACCGAGUCGGAGAGGCAGAGGAACCUGUUCCUCAGGGCCUUCACUGACUUCCUGGCCUUCAUGGUCCUCUUCAACUACAUCAUCCCUGUGUCCAUGUACGUCACAGUGGAGAUGCAGAAGUUCCUGGGCUCCUACUUCAUCACCUGGGACGAGGACAUGUUUGACGAGGAGACUGGGGAGGGGCCGCUGGUCAACACGUCGGACCUGAACGAGGAGCUGGGUCAGGUGGAAUACAUCUUCACCGACAAGACGGGCACCCUCACCGAGAACAACAUGGCCUUCAAGGAGUGCUGCAUCGAGGGCCACGUCUACGUGCCCCACGUCAUCUGCAACGGCCAGGUGCUGCCCGACUCCUCAGGCAUUGACAUGAUCGACUCGUCCCCAGGCAUCAGCAGCAGGGAGCGGGAGGAGCUCUUCUUCCGGGCUCUCUGUCUCUGCCACACUGUGCAGGUGAAGGAUGAGGACCACAUGGAUGGCCCCAGGAAGUCGCCAGACUCAGGGAAAUCCUGUGUAUACAUCUCAUCCUCGCCCGACGAGGUGGCGCUGGUAGAGGGCGUGCAGAGGCUGGGCUUCACGUACCUGCGGCUGAAAGACAGCUACAUGGAGAUCUUGAAUAGGGACGGCCAUAUUGAGAGGUUCGAGUUGCUGGACGUUCUGAGCUUCGACUCUGUGAGGAGGAGGAUGAGCGUCAUCCUCAGGUCCGCCACAGGGGAAAUCUAUCUGUUCUGCAAAGGAGCAGACUCCUCCAUCUUUCCUCGAGUGAUCGAAGGCAAAGUGGACCAGAUCCGGUCCCGGGUAGAGCGCAACGCCGUGGAGGGGCUGCGUACGCUGUGUGUGGCCUACAAGAGGCUCGCCCCAGAGGAGUACGAGGCUGUCUGCGGGCUGCUGCAGGCUGCCAGGGUGGCGCUCCAGGACCGGGAGAAGAAGCUGGCCGAGGCCUACGAGCACAUAGAGAAGGACCUCAUUCUGCUGGGUGCAACGGCUGUGGAGGACCGACUCCAGGAGAAAGCUGCAGACACCAUCGAGGCACUGCAGAAAGCCGGUAUCAAAGUCUGGGUCCUCACGGGGGACAAGAUGGAGACGGCAGCUGCCACCUGCUAUGCCUGCAGGCUCUUCCGCAGGGGCACGCAGCUGCUGGAGCUGACCACCAAGAGGAUCGAGGAGCAGAGCCUGCACGACGUGCUCUUCGAGCUCAGCAAGACCGUGCUGCGCUGCAGCGGGAGCCUGACCCGGGACCACUUCUCAGGGCUUUCCACAGACAUGCACGAUUACGGGCUCAUCAUCGACGGAGCAGCGCUGUCCUUGAUCAUGAAGCCCCGUGAAGACGGCAGCUCUGCCAACUACCGCGAGGUCUUCCUGGACAUCUGCCGGAACUGCAGCGCCGUGCUGUGCUGCCGGAUGGCGCCCCUGCAGAAGGCCCAGAUUGUUAAGUUAAUCAAAUUUUCCAAAGAGCACCCGAUCACGCUGGCCAUCGGUGAUGGUGCCAAUGAUGUCAGCAUGAUCCUGGAGGCCCACGUGGGCAUAGGUGUCAUUGGGAAGGAAGGCCGGCAGGCUGCAAGGAACAGCGACUAUGCAAUCCCAAAAUUCAAGCAUUUGAAGAAGAUGCUUCUCGUUCAUGGGCAUUUUUAUUACAUUAGGAUUUCUGAGCUUGUGCAAUACUUCUUUUAUAAGAACGUCUGUUUCAUCUUCCCCCAGUUUUUAUACCAGUUCUUCUGCGGGUUUUCACAACAGACUUUGUACGACACCGCAUACCUGACCCUCUACAACAUCAGCUUCACCUCCCUCCCGAUCCUGCUCUACAGCCUGAUGGAACAGCAUGUGGGCAUUGACGUGCUCAAGAGGGACCCAUCCCUGUACAGGGAUGUCGCCAAGAACGCACUGCUCCGCUGGCGGGUAUUCACCUACUGGACGAUCCUGGGGGUGUUCGAUGCCCUGGUCUUCUUCUUUGGUGCUUAUUUCAUGUUUGAAAACACGACUGUGACCAGCAAUGGGCAGAUAAUGACCACCAACACACACAUGAUGUUUGGGAACUGGACCUUUGGAACGCUGGUGUUCACUGUGAUGGUGUUCACGGUCACUCUGAAGCUCGCGCUGGACACGCACUACUGGACCUGGAUAAACCACUUUGUCAUCUGGGGGUCGCUGCUCUUCUACGUCGUCUUCUCCCUGCUCUGGGGAGGAAUCAUCUGGCCGUUCCUCAGCUACCAGCGGAUGUACUAUGUGUUCCUACACCUGCUGUCCUGCGGACCGGCCUGGCUGGGCAUCGUUCUGCUCAUCACCGUCAGCCUCCUCCCCGACGUCCUCAAGAAGGUCCUGUGCAGACAGCUGUGGCCCACAGCGACAGAGCGAACCCAGAGGCGCGAGCAGCACAAAGCACCGGCCGACGCCAUGCCAAGCCGCGACGGGCCCCUGCUGAAGGACCUCUUGCCCCAGCCGAGGCGCCACUAGCGCCGCGCUAGGUAACGUGCGGCCGCUGCCCGCUGGGCAUGGCCCGUGUGCUGUGAUUCUCUGCACUGUUUUCCUCCAAAGUUUUGCUGUGCUGUGCCGGUCUUGGUUACAGAGGUUCACUGUGCAAAAAGAGCCCCGUUUUACACGCGGUGCAUUUGCUUUCCCAGGUAAGUGGCGUGCCUUGGAGCUGAAACAGGGGGCACACCACGCACAAAUGCGUACACACGCGUGUGGCCAGCGCCCUCCACACGCGCGCAUGGCUACCCGCCCUAGCGGUGGGAACUGCUUCACCUAAAAGCGAGUCAGUCAGUCCUGUUCUGAAACCCAGAGGAGGGUUGUGUGUUGGCACCCUGGACAUGGUCCAGUCCCUGUCCAGCUGGACCUGCAUUGUCCAUGCUUGGCACCCGGCACGUGGCUGUCCCUGUGAGCACCAACCAGGGUCCCCUCGGCCCUGCCCUCCCUGUUUGACCCGGGACUUGGGCACCAAAGUGGAGGGGUUUGUGCCUAGAUGUGGAGACGCUGCUUCUGCCGGCAGCUCAAUGGGCAGCCCUGUGACCUUCCCUUGGGAUAGGGCCCAUUGAAUCCGCAAGGGUGACCCAGGGCAGCGUCACAUGCUCCUGAGGAGGCCCCUGCCCUGACUGUGUCUCUCCUUCCUGGCAGAACACUCAGCGUGAGGACAGCAGUCCAAAGCUUGCCCAUCCUGCCUCUUUGUGGAGCCUGGGUGCUUGGGACCCCAGGCCCAUGGCCGCCCUGCACCACCCCGCGCCCAGGGAGCAGCCACGAGCGCUCUGGGGGAGUGAGGAGCAUGCCGUGCUCCUGCCCACCUGGCCGCCCUAGCACUGUCACAGUCCCACGUCCUGUCGGGCCUGCCCACGUGCCAGGCGCACGGAGAGUGCCCAGGCAGCCCGAGCCGUGAGGGCUGUGGCCGCCUGUGCCCAGGACAUAAGGUGGCCUGUGCUGCAGUCGCCCCUGCCAGCUCCCACUGGGCGCGGACAUAGGCCUCUGCCCGGCCUGCCCAUGUGCCGCCGUCCCGUCCUCACGUCUGCUGGGACUGCACAGAAAAGCCCGGCCCGCCCCGGGCCUCGAUCUCCUGCGCGUGGCCGCCCCACACGUGGACGGCCUUGUGGACCAGUGCCCUGGUCGCAGCGCCCCUCUGCACCUCCCUCCUGCAGAACUACCACAGUUCAAUCUGAGAAGCGCCCGCAGCAGACCUUGCUGCGUGUCCAUGCUUGACCUGCGGCCUCGCUCUGCCCAUGCGCGCCACCCUCUUAGGGAAGCCCUUGGUCUGCUGAGGAGAGGCUGGCCUUGCACACUGGGCCUUGCGGCUUCGGGGUCUGUCUCUCGUCACCGCUGCCCUGUGGAGGGGAACAUGUCCACCUUGGGCAGGGCUCGCUGUUGGCCAGGCCUCUGCAGGAUCCUGGCGAUGUCCAUCCCCCAGAAACCUGGGACGAGUCAGCUCCCUGCCUGCGAACUACUCGUUCUCAGGCGCUGGCGAGAGGCACGGGCAGAUCUUUGGCUGUGGUCAGACCACCUUUGUUCCCCCUGAGAGGUGGUUGGGUCCCCGGGCCCAUCGUGGGCUGAUGUGGGCCCAUGUCCACAUCCAGUCCGCAGUUCAGCCACCUCCAUGUAACCCUCCCGGGCUGCCUUCAGGGGCCUCGCCCGUCUUAGGGUCUGUCCAGGGCUUCUCCUGGGCGGACAGCCGUCAGAAGGCUGCUGUCCUGUGACGCUCCGUGACUUUCACCCAUCUGCAUUCCCAGAAGGUUCUGUGUUCCGUAGCCUUAAUGGUCCCAGCGAAGGGAAGAUUCAGCUCCGGGCUCAGUCCUCAGUCUGGGGCCCAAGGCCUUGCAGAAAAUCCUCCGCCAGCAGCCGGAGAAGCCAGCGCUGUGCCUGCAGCUCCCAGCCGGGCGCUGGUGUGGUGCAUUCCAGGGCUGGAGGUCGCGUCCGCCUCUGGCUGUGUCCCGCUCCCUGUCCUCAGCCGGGCCUGGGGCUGGGUCAGCAGCCAGCCGGGGAGCACAGUGGUGGGGCCAGUGGGGAGGUGAGCACCGCACCAAAGCUGGGGUCCCGCCUGGCUGAGCAGAGGCAGGAGGAGGGCUGCCGUCCAGGCCGGCCCCGCAGUCCUGCCUCCCUCCGCAUCUCCUGCCUGGCCGCGGCCGCAGUGCUUCUCUGUCCGAGGUCCACGCCGACCCACAGAUGUCAGCAUGCAUUUUUACAGCCCUUUCUAAGAAUCCAGAGUGGGUAGAGAUGUAAAACCAGUAGGGGACAGAUUCUCUGUAUGUUGAGUUAACAAAUUAUUUGUAAUGUAUUUUUUUAGAAAUCUUAAAAUUGCCUUUGCACUGAAGUAUUUUCAUAGCUGUUUAUAUCUCUUUUAUCCCUUUAUUUGCUAACGUAUCAUCUAAUUUUUAAAGUAUGUUUUUAAAGCUUUCAUUUUUUAAGUUUAUGAAAUUUUGGCCACUUUGCAUUUAAAUUCCAAGAAUUUGACUGAAAGCUGAUGAAUGUGAAUUUUGAGAUUUCAUUUUCUUCUCCACGCUUCCUUGUCCCUUGGCACCUGGAGGCAGAGGCGCACGGAGGGUGCAGUGAAAGCACAGUAAUUUGCUCUGCUCCUUGGCAGUGUCGCCUGCUUUUCGUUCUUUAAUUUCCAUCCUCAUCCCUGACUCUCGCCAGAGCGCCUGGCACGCCGGCCCUGUUCUGCCUGUUCAGCUCCACAGCUGCAGUCUUUGUAAGAAGGCACCGGCUUCUCGCUCCAAUGUCAUUUCCGAAGCUGUCCGGGAAUUUGUUAAAUGCGUGUGCCGAGCAAAAUCAGAGCAGGGAAAGGAGAACCCGGAGGCCGUGACAGUUCAGAUGGGUUUGAUGUGAUCCUGCACCUCACGGUGGCUGCUGUUUGCUUGCCUUAAACUAACUUUAAAGCAAGUGAUGCCAACUGAAGCAUUUUCCUGGGUUUGGAAAUCCUGUUUGCUGCUGCACAUGUUCAUAGCCAGUCAGCUCGUGGCUUCUGACACUGGUCAGGGCACGCCGUCCCCUCGCUCACACCAGUGUCCUGCCUCUGUGUGUGUGUGUGUGUGUGUGUGUGUGUGUGUGUGCACGCUCCCAGUUCACUCACAGCCGUUGUGUGUGUAAGCCUGUAUGCACAUAUACACACACACCCACAAACACAUGCUCGCCUACAUCCUGCGCACCCUGCCUCCUCCCUGAAGUCCCUGUGUGCACGCUCUGGCCAGGCCGGACACACACGCACCCUCAUCCUGCGAAGGAGGUGUGGCCGCACGUGCACGGGGCCUCAGCAACGCCAUGGAACCUUGGCCAAGUGCCUCCCACGCAGGGGUCCGGUGCCCCAGCCAGAGCAGGCUUCACUCCAGGCCUCCGGGGAGCUGUGGGCCAGCAGGGAAACGGGCAGACGCCGCCAACCAGCCCUGAGUGCCACCGGCCAAGGCCACUCUGGCCCGAGAGGAGCCGCACGGGCGCGAGUGGGAAGAGGGCAUGAGGCUGCAAGUUGACAGAUGCGUCAGCCCCAAGUGCAGCCCGUGUCCUGCGCAGUCGCCAGCCUGGGCUUUGUGUGCCAAGCUCAGGGGAGCGCACUGACUGGUAUCGAACUCACAACCAUUUUUAUUUCACCAGAAUAUUAUUUAUUGACAACAGUACAACAGCAGGUCCUUGCAUUCUACAUUUCCUUUGGGAGUUACCUGUAACUUUAAAACCCAGAAAAAAUACCAGUUGGCAAAUGCAAUCUUUUUAUUUAUUUUUUCUUUUAGCUAGAGAGCAGGUGAACAGGAAUGAGAAUCAUUGAUAGCGUGUCUAUAAACUAAGCUUUAAUGAAGGUAUGUUGGAAGUAUUACGAAGGUGUGAUUCUACUUUUGCAGAAAAAAAUCUAAAGAUCAAUUUAUAGCUUUAUUUUUUAUCUUAUGAAGAAAUACAGAAUUUUAAUAUGCGUACAUCAUCUCUGACUUAAAAUCAUAACAUGUGUCUGUGUUGCCAUUUAAAAUGUCCAUUCAUUAUGUGAUGUAAUCAGAGAGGCUUCAAAAAUGUAUUUCACAAGAUUGGUAGCUGUAGCUGCCACCAUCAGAAACACGGGAGUUUAUUUUUAAAUUAUUAAAUAGAGUAGGUGCAUUUAACAUAAGUCAUUCUCCAACAGUGAUGAUUCAUUAACCUGCUUUAAGACAUUAAAUUGCGAAUUAAACCAAAUCGAACAUUUCUGUAAAAUUUAUUUUGUAUGGUGUUUUUAACUUUUAUUUCUGUAGAUAAAGGACACCUUGGUAACCUUCAUGAUACCGGACUUUUCUGUAGAUUAAGCAGGACGCCUGAGUCUGCUUAUAAUAAAGACCCAAAACCGGG